GCCCUCUAUUUGUAGUUUUGACAUCGUGUCAACUUUACCUAGAUUUUCUCAGAAUUGUUCAGUAACAACGAGUUGUUUAAUAUUAAUUUAAACUUUGUUACAUUCUUUAAGAGCUAAUAGUCAAGAUGUCGGCUGGACCUUACAAUUAUUCUUAUAUUUUCAAAUACAUUAUCAUAGGAGAUAUGGGUGUUGGGAAGUCAUGUCUUUUGCAUCAAUUUACCGAGAAAAAAUUUAUGGCAGACUGUCCUCACACAAUUGGUGUGGAAUUUGGUACUCGUAUUAUUGAAGUAUCUGGACAGAAAAUUAAAUUACAAAUUUGGGAUACUGCUGGACAGGAACGAUUCAGAGCAGUGACAAGAUCUUACUAUAGAGGUGCUGCAGGUGCACUGAUGGUUUACGAUAUAACUAGGAGAUCCACUUACAAUCAUCUAAGUAGUUGGCUGACUGACACAAGAAAUUUAACCAAUCCUAGUACAGUUAUAUUUCUAAUAGGAAAUAAGUGCGAUUUAGAAGGGCAAAGAGACGUAACUUACGAAGAAGCUAGUAAAUUUGCGGAAGAGAAUGGCCUAAUGUUCGUAGAAGCUAGUGCAAAAACAGGUGAUAAUGUUGAAGAAGCUUUCCUCGAAACAGCAAAGAAGAUAUACCAGAGCAUCCAAGAUGGGCGGUUGGAUCUGAACGCAGCCGAAUCGGGUGUUCAACAUAAACCUUCACAACCUGGUCGCAAUAAUUUGUCCAGCGACCCACAGGCGAAUAAAGACAACUGCGCCUGCUAGUUUUAUUUGAAACUUUUAAAAUAUACAUAGAAUCUCUUCGAUUCUGACUUUUUAAUUUACUAAUGCAAAUUUCGCAAAGUUCUACGUUUCAUAAUAUCAUUAAUAUCAUCAUAAUUUUAAAUCCAUACUGAAAUAUAUACGUAAUUAACAUAUACAGAUCUAAAAAGACAUAUAUGUACCUACAUUUUUUAUAUGUUACUAAAUUUGAACGAGAUUCACAAAAACAAACAAUGAAAAUAAAACAAAUCUCGUUGUAUAUCAUAUUUUCCUUGAAUUUACAGUGUCAGGCAGGAUAAGUAUUUUUAGAAGUGUCAUCUGUCAUCAUUUAUCACUCAAUUGGUCUGGAGAUUCUUUACUUUUGAGUUAAAAUCUUAAAAUCAUUGCCUUAAAUAGGUUUAUAAUAUGUCUAUCUUGUGAACUAUUAGCAUGAAGAUGGAUUAAAUGGAUGGAUAGAUUAAAUAUAAACGAGCUUUUAAAUUUUUUGCAAAAAGUUUUCUCCGUGAUGUUAGGGCGCGAAUCCCUGCAACUGAAAAAAUAGUGUUUCGAUGCAUUUGAAAAAACACUGACCGUGAUUUCUUGAACUUAUGCAUAUUCUGUCUUUUCUAACCUUUCUGUCCAGCUUUACUGUGUUUGAUUAAGUUUCAGUAAUAUUUUGUUGGACUGAUUGAUCACUCUGUGGACUCAUAUUAUUUCUAUAAAUGAUAUCAAUAAAAUAAUGCAGUUCCUAACAUAACAACAAUAUAUAAAAUCUGUGUUUCAGUCGUUCCUAGAUAAAACCAGUUAAACUGCAUAUUUUGUAAAUGACCUUGCCAAUUGUUUUUAAAAUUAUUUAUUUUAAUAGAGAAUUAC